GGAGGAGCCGAGCCGAGCCGGGCGGAGCCGAGCCGAGCCGGGAAGAGCCGCGCCGGGCGGAGCCGGGCCGGGAACUGCAGCGGAGCGGCUCGGCCUCCAUCCCGGUCCCCCCCACCCCGGCCCCCGGCGACGAGGCAGGGGGGGGGGUCCCGGCCAUGCCCCCCGGAGCCUGAGGCCCGCGGCCGCGGGGUGCCCGCAGCAUGCGGAGGAUCCGGCGGCUGGUGCAUCUGGUGCUGUUCUGCCCCCUCUCCAAGGGCCUGCAGAGUCGCCUCCCGGGCAUCAAGGUGAAAUACCUGCUGGUGGUGUGGCUGGGCAUCUUCGUGGGCAGCUGGGUGGCAUACAUGCACUACUCGUCCUACUCUGAGCUCUGCCGUGGCCACAUCUGCCGGAUGAUAAUCUGUGACCAGUACAAGAAAGGGAUCAUUUCUGGCUCCACCUGCAAAGACCUGUGUGAGGAGCGCAGCCUCAUCUUCCAGCACUGCCUCUCCUCCUCUCCCACCCAGCAGGUUUACAGUGGGCUCUGGAGGGGGAGGGAGGUGAUCAUCAAAUGCAGCAUCGAAGAAGCCCUGAAGGCAGACCACCACCCAGACUCUGUGCCCAGGAGGGACGUGGUCCUCUUUGACAAACCGACACGAGGGACCUCGAUGGAUGAGUUCAAGGAGAUGCUCCUCAACUUCCUAAAGUCCAACCUGGGAGACCAGCCAUCUCUUGCAGCCUUGGUGAGCCGCAUCAUCACCAUGGCAGACGUGAACCGGGAUGGGAAAAUGUCUUUAGCAGAGGCCAAAUCCAUCUGGGCACUCCUGCAGCUCAACGAGUUCCUCCUCAUGCUCUCCUUGCACGAGAAAGAGCACACCCCCAAGCUGCUGGGGCACUGCGGGGACCUCUACGUCACCGAGAAGAUCCCCCACACCUCCCUCUACGGGGUGGACCUCCCUCCCUUCCUCCAGUCAAUGCUGCCCUCAGUCGUCCACCAAAUCAUCCACCAGUGGUUCGCCCCAGCGUGGCCCCGGCGGGCGAAGAUCGCCAUCGGCCUCCUGGAGUUCGUGGAGGAGAUCUUCCAUGGGACCUACGGGAACCUCUACAUCUGCGAGAGCAGCCUCAAGAACGUGGGCUACAACGACAAGUUCGACUUCAAAAUGGUCCACCUGAGGAAGGUGGCCACGGAGAUGACAAUCAGAGGCUUCCUCAAGGGCCGCCACUGCGAGCAGAACGGGGACUGCACCUACGGCAAGGACUGCACGGCCUCCUGCGACAAGCUGCUGAAGCAGUGCAAGGGCGAGGUGGUGCAGCCCAACCUGGCCAAGGUCUGCGGCUUGCUGCAGGACUACCUGCUGCACGGAGCCCCCCUGGAGCUGAGAGAAGACCUGCAGAAACAGCUGCGAACUUGCAUGACCCUCAGCGGCCUGGCCAGCCAGAUGGAGGUGCACCACUCCCUCGUGCUCAACAACCUCAAGACCUUGCUCUGGAAAAAGAUUUCCAACACCAAAUAUUCUUAACGAGGCCAGGGGCGGGUGGCUGGGUGGGGGGGGAAAGCAUGGCCCUGGGGCUUAAAAGCUGCAAUCCAAGGGCUGAAGGCUUGGCUCUCUCCAUCCUCUGCUCCACACAGGGAGCUCAGCAUAGCUGCAGCCCCUUCUCCCUCCAUGGCAAUCCAGGCUUCGUGACUCGCGCCGCCCGGCGGGAUCAGCGACAGGGUCAGCUGGAGCUGGGGCGCCGGGAGCCAGGCGCAGGGGGAGAAGAGGAGCUGG